GUUAUUAUGCGGUUCGUGUUGGUCAUGAACCAGGAAUUUACUUGUUGCUAGAACAAUGUAAACAACAGAUUCAUGAAUUUCCUGGUGCUUUGUAUAAAAAAUUUAGUACGAGACAGCAGGCUGAAGAUUUUAUAAAACCAAUAGAUACUAAAGAUAAAUUAUCAGUUUGGACUGAUAGUUAUUGCUACAAUUGUGAAGAAAAAAAUGGUAAAAAACAAUAUUUAGGAAAAUUAAAUUCAAUUGCUGGAGUGGAAAUUCAAACAAAUAACCGAGCUGAAUUAUAUGCCGCUAUUCGUGCAUUAGAAAUUAUUGAUAAAUAUCAAGAUAUUAUUAUAAAUACAGAUAGUAUGUAUGUGAUUAAUUCAUAUAAUAACGAAACACCUAAAAAAAAUACAGAUCUUGUAUUCAGAUUUAAUGAUUUAAUCAAGGAACGAAAAGGCAAAACAUAUUUCAAUCAUGUAAAAGGACAUAGGGGUAUUUAUGAGAAUGAACAAGCAGACAAAUUAGCAUAUUUAGGCUCAAAAAAGAAAUUUACUAAAUUAGAAAUAUCAAUAUCUAAAAGAUUAAUCGAUUAUUAUUUUAUAAAAAAAUUGGUUGAUAAUUCAGAAAAUGCAAACGAAUCUUACAUCGAUGAAUUUAUUC